AGCCCUAACAGAAACACCGGAGGCUUAAUUUGUGCCUUUAGCCCUCAUCUGAAGGGCAUAAGCACGUGCCCAGUUCCACGAUUCGCCAAUGGCUGGCACAGCGUGUACACCAGAAUUCUUGUCAACAAGAAUUUAAGUUCCUACUGUGGGCACCGUCCUGGGUGCUAGGGGCACAAAGGCAAAGUGAAGUCGUGUCCUCCAGGGACUUGUUUUACGGAGAGGAAACAACAUGGUAUUAGAAUCAGAGAGGGUCGGACCUUAGCGGCCAGGGGAUUCAUUCUCCCCCCACCCCCGCAUUUUCCAGAGGAGGAGAUGCUGAAAGUCCACUAGGGUGAAAUUUGAACCCAAGCUCUAGGGCUUUUAUCGGCCUCUUAUUCACAUAAUGGCUAGCACCUCUCUAGUGCUUUAAGGCUUGUAGACUGCUUUUACAUGUUAUCUCAUUUGAUCCUCACAAAAUUCCUUUGAUCUCCAUUUUACAGAUGAAGAAACUGAGGCAGAGAGAAGUGAAAUGACUUGCCAGGAUCGCAGUCAGUAAGGGUCCAAUGUGACAUUAGAUAAGAUAGGGAAUAUACAGACAGAUGUAAAAUGACUUGUGGGGGCCCUAAUAUCAGGGGAAACCUUUAAGCCCUCUUGAGCGCAGUCACCCCACGGUAACUCCUCUAUGAGUUCCUUCUUUCCCGGGUUCUGCCUUAAUCCUCUCCGCCCAGCUAGAAAAUAUAGGUAUGAACAGAAAGCGCUCCUGGCCUCUGAACUACCUUUCCCAGAAGACCAUCGGGAAAUGGUCUUUGUUCUGUUUUGAGCCCCGAAGUUGCCGUAGGAAAUUCCGGAGGGACCAGUCGGAAAUGCUUGAGCUGUAGCCUAGGACCGGAAGCGCCUUCAGAAGAACUUCCGCCUCCUGGCUGUCUUUCUCCCUUAGGCUCGUGGCCCGAGGGCGACUGGCAGCUCUGCCUUUUGAAGACGGUGCACUUACCUAAGAUAAAAUGGCUCCUGUGAUCCUAACAUCUAGGUGCCAGGAAACACUAACUUUCAAGGAUGUGGCUGUGGACUUCACCAGGGAAGAGUGGGGGCAACUGGGCCCUGCUCAGAGGGACUUGUACAAGGAAGUGAUGCUGGACAACUAUAGGAACCUCAUCUCCCUGGGGCUCCAGGGCUCCAAGCCGGAUGUGAUCUUCUGGUUGGAAAGAGGACAAUCACCGUGGACAUUGAAGAGAAGAAAGUCCCGGGACUGCUGUCCAGAGUUUCAUCUUCACAUGGCCAGAUGUGAAACAGCAGAGUCAACUGUAAAUCCAUGUGCUUCUUCAGAAGAAUCAUCUAAGGAGAGAGUUCAGACACAUGAAUCCUGGAAAUACAAAUUGGGAGAAGCCUGUGAAUGUGAUAUCAGAGUAGAGCAAAAGAACUGCAGUCAGAAUAAACAAAGCAAUCAAGAGACAACUACCCACAGAAAAACUUCAACUAAGUCUGUGUUUGGAAGUUGUUUCAGACUGAAGUCAAUCCUUAUUCCACAAGAGGGACUUCACACUAGAAAAAAUCUUCAGGAGUGUGACACAUAUGGAAAGAACUUAAAACAGUAUUCAGACCUAGGUGAACAUGAUAGAUCCUUUUGCAGGCAGAAUCUUUGCAAUUGUACUAUAUGCAGCAAGUCAUUCAGUUCCUCAGACCUAUUUCACUCUAAUAAAGAGCAUAGUGAAGAAAAAGUAUAUAAAUGUAAGGAGUGUGGGAAAUUCUUCACCAAUAGAAAAUCUCAUAGAAGUCAUCAAAGAAUUCAUACAGGAGAGAAACCCUUUGAAUGUCACCAAUGUGGGAAAGCCUUUAGAUGGAAGAGCUAUCUUACUGUACAUAAGAGAAUUCAUACUGGAGAGCAACCCUUUGAAUGUAAUCAGUGUGGGAAAGCCUUCAGGCAAAGUUCUCACCUUACUGUACAUCAGGUAACUCAUAUGGGAGAGAAGCCCUUUGAAUGUCACCAGUGUGGGAAAUUCUUUAGUCUCAGUGAGCAGCUUAUUGAACACAAGAGGAUUCACACAGGGGAGAAACCCUUUGAAUGUAAUCAAUGUGGGAAAGCCUUCAGCCAAAUUUCUCAACUUACUCGACAUGAGAAAAUUCAUUCUGGGGAGAGACCCUUUGAAUGUGACGAAUGUGGGAAAUGUUUCAUUCGCAGUGAGCAGCUUAGUUCCCAUAAGAGAAUUCAUACUGGAGAAAAGCCCUUUGAAUGUCAUGAAUGUGGGAAAUGUUUUAGCCAGAGAGGGCAGCUUAAUACACACAAAAGAAUUCAUACUGGUAAGAAACCUUUUGAAUGUAGUCAAUGUGGAAAAGCAUUUAGCCGAAGUACUUACCUUACAGUACAUCAGAGAGUUCAUACUAAAGCAAAAUCCUUUGAAUGCCAGGAAUGUCAGAAAUGCUUCAUCAGUAGUGAGCAACUUACUGAGCAUAAGAGAAUUCAUACUGAAAAGAAAUAUUUUGAUUGUAAUCAGUGUGGGAAAACUUUCACCCGAAGUUCUCACCUUACUGUACAUCAAAGAAUUCAUACUGGAGAGAAACCCUUUAAAUGUCAUCAAUGUGGGAAAUCUUUUAGUGAUAGUGGGCGGCUUAGUACACAUAAAAAAAUUCAUACUGGAGAGAAACCCUUUGAAUGUAACCAAUGUGGGAAAACAUUUAGCCGAAGUUCUAACCUUAGUGUACAUCAGAGAAUUCAUACUGGAGAGAAACCCUUUGAAUGUCCUAAAUGUGAUAAAACCUUUAGCCAGAGCAGGUCCCUUACUGAGCAUGAAAGAAUUCAUACUGGAGAGAAACCCUUUAAAUGUAAUGAAUGUGGGAAAACCUUCUGCCGUAGUGGGCAGCUUACUCUGCAUAAGAGAGUUCAUACUGGGGAAAAACCCUUUGUAUGCCUUGAAUGUGGAAAGUCCUUCAGCCAUAGUUGGAUGCUUAGUGCCCAUAAGAAAACGCAUGCUGGAGAAAAACCCUUUAAAUGUCUUGAAUGUGGGAAAUCCUUUACUUGGAGUGGAUCACUUACUGAACAUAAGAGAGUACAUACAGGAGACAAACCCUUUGAAUGUCAUGAAUGUGGGAAAGCCUUUAGCCGUAGUGGCCAACUUACUACACAUAAGAGAAUUCAUACUGGAGAGAAACCAUUUGAAUGUAAUGAAUGUGGAAAAGCCUUUAGCUGUAAUUUUUACCUUACUGUACAUCAGAAAAUUCAUAGUGGAGAGAAACCCUUUGUAUGUAAUGAUUGCGGGAAAUCAUUUAGCUGGAACAAAUCCCUUACUCUACAUAAGAGAAUUCAUACUGGAGAGAAACCUUUUGAAUGUAAUGAAUGUGGGGAGUCUUUUACCUGGAAGGGACAGCUCAGUGAACAUAAGAGAAUUCAUACUGGUGCAAAGAAACCUUUUGAAUGUAAUCAAUGUGGAAAAGCCUUCAGGCAAAAUUCUCACCUUACCGUACACCAGAUAAUUCAUACUGGAGAGAAACCCUUUGAAUGUCAUCAAUGUGGGAAAUCCUUCAGGCAGAGUUCUCAACUUACUCGACAUGAGAAAAUCCACACUAGAUAGAAAACUUUAGAAUAUGUCUAACAUAGGAAAUCUUUCACCUACCAGAGAUAGUUUUAUGAAUUACAACAAAGAAAUCUUUUGAUGUAUGUCACUGCAAAAACCUUCAAAAUUGUAAACUUAAUUCUGCAUAAGGAACUUAGUAGACUAAAUCUUUUUGAAUGUAACAGAUCCUUUUCUCAGAGUAGAAAACUUAGUGAGCACAAGAGAGUUCAUACUGGAGAGAAAAAUCUCAAAUGUCAUGAAGGUGGCAUUUCCUUCCUAAAGUAGACAUCUUACUGAACAUAAAGAGUGAUGGGAUUAGCCACAACAAAGAGAAUGAAUUGAUACUGAGGCAAAGAAAUUCUUUGAAGACAAUGAAUGAAGGAAAACCUUCAGCUAUCAUUCUUCAAUAUGAUGCAUCAUAGAUUUCAUACAGGAAAAAUACCUUCUGACAAUGGAUGUAAAAAUCCUUUACCUGCCUUAUGCAACUUAGUAAAUAUAAGAGAAUCCAUACUGGAUCAGGGAAACCAUUUGGAUGUCAAAAAUCUGGGAAAUACGCAUGAUCACAUUUUGAAAGUUCUAAGGUACUUUAGUUGUGAUUUAGUCAUCCAACACACGUCAGAGAAAAAUCCUAGUAUGAUAUACCUGACAAAGUUGUUUCCUGGUCUCUGACUUGAAGACUUCCAAGGAGGGGGAGCCCAUUUCCUCUUUAGGUAUUCCAUUCCAUUUUUAGACAUCUCUAAUUGUUAGGAAGUUUCCUUCAAUUUAAAGCUUAUAUUUGCCUCCAUACAGCUUCCACCUAUUGUCCUAAUCCUCUGGGGCCAAACAGAGUCUAAUCUCUUUCCCACAGGACAGACCAUCAAAGGCUUAAAGAUAGUAACUGGCUCCUUCUCUUCUCUUCUCCAGACCAAACAUUUCCCAAACAUGCUCAGUUCCUUCAACUGACAUGAGACCAGGGCACUUUUCCAUCCUGGUUGCCUUUCUCUGGACAUUCUCCAACUGACCAAUUUCCUUAGACCAUGAUGCCAAGGAUUGAAUAUGACAUACUGUUUAUGAUGACAGAGUACAGUGGGAUGGUCAUUUUUCUAUUCCUGUAAAUGAUAUACCUCUUAAUGCAGCCCAAGAUUGUAUUGACUUUUUUUUUUAAACUACCACAUCAUACUGCUGACUCAUAUUGAACUUUCAGUUCAUGCAGAAUGCCAUUUCUUUUUCAGGUCAACUAAUUUCUAAUCAAGCCUCCCAUCUCUAGGCCUGGCUCUUUUCCCACUGAUUCUCCUAGCUGCCCCUAUAUACCUUCUUAAUAUUAAAUACUAUUCUUUCCUGCCUCCUUCUCAUCCUUUCUUUUGAAUAAGGUAUGCCCAUUCAUUCCACUAUCUCAGAUAUGUCUGUGAGGUCAAAUUUGCCUUAUAUUAGAACCUCUAGUUUGGAACCUAUUAUUCUUGAAAUGUUGGGCAUUGAUGUAUAGACUUCUGAAGACACUAGUUUUUCUACUGACUUUUCUUGGGUUUUGUCUCCUGUGAAUUUUCUGUGCAUCUUGUCUAAUAUUCUUCUGUCGUUGUAGCUACUCUCUAAAAUACCUAACAUGUAGACUAGGCAUACACAGUCUUUCCUCUUCCAUUCUUUUUAGUGUAAAGCUCUUUUGAUUAUUUUUAGAAGACACUUGGCAGACACUUUCUUAUUAGCAUUUGUUAAGUAUGCUCAAAUAUCUCCAUCUAUCUAUCUAUCUAUCUAUCUAUCUAUCUAUCUAUCUAUCUAUCUAUCUCUAUCCAGGAAUCUGACAUCUCAUAUACGUGUGGUCCAGAAAUCUACAUACCAUGUUCAGACGCCAACUUAACUAGGUGUUUAUUUCCCAAAUUAAAUUUUUCUUCAGUAUCCCUUUCCUUCAAUGGACAGUAGUGAGGAAAAUGGAACCUGUACUCCUCCGGUCUUCAGUUUCUUGUCCUGGACCUCAUAACUGUUGGAUGUACUUUUUAGGUUCCUUCUGAUGGUGUCAUAUGUCAUUCAUCGAAAAAGGAAAAUUCAAUGUGCAGAAGAGAAUCCAUAUUGGAAAAAAAAAUUUUUGAAUUCCAAAUUUUCUCUCUUCUUCCUUCUCUCCCCUUCCCAUCUUUGAGAGGACAAGUAAUUGUAUAUAGGUUAUACAUGAGUAGUCAGGCAAAGCAUUUCCAUAUUGGUCAUGUGAAGAAAAACAUAAAACAAGAAAGUAAAAAAGUAAUUUUCAAUCUGCAUUCAGACUCCCUUAUAUCUUUGUCUGGAGGUGGAUAGUAUUUUUCAUGAUAAGUCUUUCACAAUUAUUGUGGAUCAUUGUAUUGCUUAGAAUAGCUAAGUCAUUCAAUUGAUAAUCACACACUAUUGCUGUUACUGUGCACAGUGUUCUCUUGGCUCUGCUCACUUCACUUUGCAUCCUUUCCUAUAUGUCUUUCUAAGCUUUCUGAGAGUAUCCUGCUCAUCAUUUCAUAUAGCACAAUGAUAUUCCACCACAGUCAUAUACCACAAUUUGUUCAGCCAUUCCCCUCAAUGUCCAAUUCUUUGCCCCCCCCCAAAAAAAGUUGCUAUAAAUAUUUUUUUACAUGUAGGUCCUUUUCCUUUUUUUUUUUGUCUCUUUGCUAUGCAGACUUAAUAGUGGCAGUGUUGAUUCAAAAGCUACAUCAACUUCAUAACCCUUUGGGCAUGGAUCCAAAUUGCUCUCCAGAAGGUUAGAACUGGUUCACAACUCCACCAACAGUGCAUUAGUAUUUCAGUAUUCCCACAUCCCCUCCAAUAUUUGUCAUUUUCCUUUUCUUUCAUAUUAAUCAGUCUGAUGGAUUUGGGGUGGUACUUCACAAUUGCUUUAAUUUGAAUUUCUAUAAUAGCAAUUUAGAACAUUUUCUCAUUUCUAUAGAUAGCUUCGAUUACUUCUUCUGAAAACUUCCUGUUCAUAUCCUUUGAUCACUAUCAAUUGUGCAAUGACUUGCCUUUUUACAAAUUUGUCUAAAUUCUCUAUAUGUUUGAGAAAUGAGGCUGUUAUCAGAGAAACUUGCUAUAAAUUUAUUUUCACAUUUAUGAUUACUAUGUACUUUCCUCCAUCCUCUCCCUCCCAUUUAUCCUCUUCAUCCUGGGACUGUGACCCAGGAGUGUAACCCAUGUAUGAGCAGUGUGACAUAAUCCUGUACCUAAUGCCAACAAAAUAACUCUGGUAGGGGGCAGCUAGGUAGCUCAGUGGAUUGACAGCCAGGACUAGAGGCAGGAGGUCCUGGGUUCAAAUCUGGUCUCAGACACUUCCCAGCUAUGUGACCCUGGGCAAGUCACUUAAUGCCCAUUGCCUAGCCCUUACCACUCUCUUCUCUCUUGGAACCAAUACACAGGAUUGAUUCCAAGAUGGAAGGUAAGGGUUUAAAAAAAACAAACAAACUCUGAUUAUCUCCUUCUGACUAGUUGUCUGACCCAUUACUGUCUGAAGGUUAAAAGCUCUGGAAGCCACUGCUGGGGGUCCAGUUGUCUCUAAGGCCAGCUAUAGGCUUGCUGAGGCUCAGCCUGUAUUAAAUUGUGCUACACUCUCACACUGAUGGGACAGAUCUUUCUUGCAGUUAUUCUAGGUUGUCUUGGAUAGAAAAAUUCUCUCACCCUGUCUUCUGUGGGUUUGGCUGCUCCAGAAUUCAUUCUGAUGUGUUAUUUUUAAGUUUGGAGGGGAAUCUGUGAGACCUCAGGAGGGUCACUGCCUUUCACCAUCUAGGCUUUGCCCCUCACCUCCUUUCUUCUUAGGCAAACAAGAAAAUGGUGAGCUCAGUUACAUCUCAUCUCCAUACACUGAUCUUAAGUUUGGUGUGAUUUUUAAAUAUUAUUUUAUUUUAAUAUAAUUAUCAUGAUAUAAUAUUAAUAAUAUUAUUGACAUAUAAUUAUUAAUAUUAUUUCUAAAUUGGGCUAUGCAUUCCUUAGGGUAUGUAAGAUGAUCCAUGGGAAUAUGGAGAAGAAAUAUUAGAAUUUCAUCAUAUAUAUGUAGUUUCAUGGCAGCUGCAAAAACUGAAAGAAGUGGUAGGUAAUUCAGUGCAGUUGCUCCGUAACUUGUAGCAGUCCUUAGCACACUCAGAAGGUGGAGAAGGCUUGGGCUGUCAGUUAGAAGUCCUUUGUGCCACCCAGGAUGCCUGUUCACCCUGGAAGUCACUCUGGAUGGUUCAGGUAAUACCUCUAUGAAGCCAGUCAUUUAAAAAUCUACAGAGGAGACUGUCCCUACCCAUUUCCUAAUUGGAUCUUGACUUGAGGUUCCAGAUUCAGUGCCCUCUUUUCCUCAUUUCCAUGCCCACAACCACCUCCCAAGCCCCCAGGUAUAAGCAGGGGUGUGUAGCCCUAGGCCCAACAGAUUGGGGCUGCUCUAAGCAAGGUGGUUGGUUUGAUGUAGUUUCACAGUGGUUUGCCAUUUCUUUCUCCAGCUCAUUUUGUAGAUGAGGAAACUGAGGCAAACAGUAUUAAAUGACUUGCUCAGAGUCACAAAGCCUUUAAAAGUCUGAGGAUGGAUUUGAACUCAAGAUGAGUCUUCCAGACUCCAGGCCUGCAAUCUAUUCACUGUGCCGCCUAGCUGUCAAAGGGCUCAAUCCUUUUUCUUCUCCUUUUACUGUAUCAACUCCAGUGAACUUUAUCUACGUAGGAAGUUUUUCCCACUGGUCUUUGUAACAGAGAGGAAGACUUGGAGCAGCUGCAGCCAUUUUCUGUUCCCAGUGACCAAACAGCCAGUCAAUAAGCAUUUAUUAAGCACCGCUUAUGUGCCAAGAACUGUGCUAAAUACUAUGGUAUACAAUGGGGACGGAAGUAGUAUGUUUAGACAGUGGGGAAUAGUAGUAGAAUUGUCAACAUUGUUGUGUUUUAAUGUCUAACAUUUGAAAAGUAGACACUAUAGGAAGACUUUAAGGCAAAAUGUAUUAUUUGUUUAUUUGUUCCUGCUGGUGAGAUCUCUUACAGAGUUCUCAAACAAGGUAGAAAUAGAUGAUUAUUCCUUGAUAGUCUCUUGUUCUCUCAUUGUUGAUAAAAAAAAUGCAUAAGAUAAAGGGGUGUACAAAAAGAGAUACUUUAGUAAACACUUAUUAAGCAUAUCUGGGCUCUGUAAAAAAUAGACUCGAAUACAGGAAUACAAUCCCCACGAACCUUUGCUCCACUUCCCCAGAAUGCCUUGUAAUCUCACCUGGGCCGAGAUCGAGAAGGUAUUUAAGCUGAUUCAAAGGCUUUUGAGAGGGCUCUCUCUCUCUCUCUCUUGGCUCUUUUUGGACUUCCGUUUUGGAGCAGGCGGUCUCUUGCGUGAUGUGAGUUUAUUUUGUCUAGGCCUCUGGCCUAGGCACAUGUUUCUUACUUGUAUAUUCUUUAAUCUUUAACCUUUAAUAAACCUCUAAAAAAUAUAAUACUCCUUGCAGAGAGAAACUAAUUUCUACCUGCCUCAGUCUCCCCAUCUCCUCUAAAUUUUAAUCUUUACAGUUCCCUACUAUAACUAUAAAUUUAAGGCCCUGUAAUUGUGGAUAGAUACUGUAAUGUCCCAUUUGGGGUGCCAAAUUGUAAUAGCGAGAGGAACUGGAGAGAUGAAGGAACCUAAAAGCAGCUGUUGUUUAGGACUGGUUCUGUGUCAUACUUCCUGUCCCUCUCCCCUUGGAGUUGAGUAGGUUUUCUAAUGGAGUCACCUAGCCCAGUCUCAAAAGAAAAUUGAGUUCUUUUAGCUUUCUAGUACUUGAUAGAUUAAAGCUCCCCUUUCUAUUGCAUAGACUCUAACCUAAUGUUGUUGUCACUAAAAGUAUUUAAUUUAAUUUUGAAGGGAAGAAAGGAGAGGGUAGAGGGAAGAUAUGGAGGUCCCUGAUAUCUAGCAAUUGUUGAAGGCUUGAUCAAAAAGUCUCUUCAGAAAAAUGGUUUGACUUUCCCCUAAGGGAAAGGUAGUCUUUAAACCAGCAGGUGUCUUCAAUUGGGCAAGAACUUUCUUCAAUACUGUUCAGACAAAAGGGUUUGGGAAGAGUCUCUCUUAGCUGUCUCUUUCUUAGAGUCUAAGACCAGAAGACAGAAACUUUUCUGUCUCCAACUGCUUCUUUGCAUUUGGAACUCUCUCCCAUUCUCUGCAGGUCCUCUGAACAUUCCAUCUGCCUCUCCUGGGUCCAUGGUCUUUAAAUCUCAGAUUUUCCUCUGCUUUUGGCCAUUUCUCUUGAUUACAGUACAGAGACAAAAGCAAAA